AUGCCUUCCGCAGAGACAAAGCCGAAGACCCUGUACGACAAGGUCUUCGACCACCACGUCGUCAAUGAGCAGGAGGAUGGUACCUGCCUCCUGUAUAUCGAUCGCCAUCUCGUUCACGAGGUGACCUCUCCCCAGGCUUUUGAGGGCCUGAAGAAUGCCGGUCGCAAGGUCCGCCGGCCGGACUGCACCCUGGUGACCGUCGAUCACAACAUCCCCACCAGCUCGCGGAAAAAUUUUAAGAACGCCUCGGACUUUAUCAAGGAGAAUGACUCGCGCCUGCAAUGUACCACCCUCGAGGAGAACGUGAAGGACUUCGGCCUGACCUACUUCGGCAUGGGUGACAAGCGUCAGGGUAUUGUGCACAUCAUUGGCCCCGAGCAGGGUUUCACUUUGCCCGGCACCACCGUUGUCUGUGGUGACAGCCACACCUCCACCCACGGUGCCUUCGGUGCCCUCGCAUUCGGUAUCGGUACCAGUGAGGUCGAGCACGUCCUCGCUACCCAGACCCUCCUGACCCGCCGAAGCAAGAACAUGCGCAUCCAGGUCGACGGUGAGCUCCCCGCCGGUGUCACCAGUAAGGAUGUUGUUCUUCACAUUAUUGGUGUCAUCGGUACUGCCGGUGGUACUGGUGCCGUUAUCGAGUUCUGCGGUUCCGUUAUUCGUGGUCUGAGCAUGGAAGCUCGUAUGUCCAUGUGCAACAUGUCCAUUGAGGCUGGUGCUCGUGCUGGUAUGAUUGCGCCGGAUGAGGUCACUUUCGAGUACCUGAAGGGACGUCCUCUUGCCCCCAAGUACGGCAGUGCCGAGUGGAACAAGGCCGUCAACUUCUGGUCCACCCUGAAGACCGACCCCGACGCGCACUUCGACCACAACGUUUUCCUUCAGGGCAAGGAUAUCAUCCCCACUAUCUCUUGGGGUACUUCUCCUCAGGACGUCGUUCCCAUCAAUGGUGUCGUCCCCAGCCCUGACGACUUCGCUGACGAGGGCCGCAAGCUUGCCUGCAAGCGCGCUCUUGAGUACAUGGGCCUUGUCUCCGGUACCCCCAUGAAGGAAAUUCCUGUUGACAAGGUCUUCAUCGGAUCUUGCACCAAUGCCCGUAUCGAGGAUUUGCGCGCCGCCGCCAAGGUUGUCAAGGGCCGCAAGAUCGCCGAGAACAUCAUGCGUGCCAUGAUCGUCCCCGGUUCCGGUCUGGUUAAGCAGCAGGCCGAGUCUGAGGGCCUCGACAAGAUCUUCACUGAUGCUGGUUUCGAGUGGCGCGAGGCUGGUUGCUCCAUGUGCCUGGGUAUGAACCCGGAUAUCCUCUCCCCUAAGGAGCGUUGCGCCAGUACCUCCAACCGCAACUUCGAGGGUCGCCAGGGUGCUCAGGGACGCACUCACCUAAUGUCUCCUGCCAUGGCCGCCACCGCCGCCAUUGUUGGGAAGCUCGCCGAUGUUCGCGACCACGUUAUUUCCAGCCCUGUUCUCGCCAAGGCUGCUCCCCAGGUCGACAUUCAGCCCGAGGCUGACUCCCCUGAGACCGAGGACGAGCUUGACCGCGUUCUGGACCUUCCUGCCGACGACGAGCCUCACACCAACUCCUCCGUCGGCGCUGGCAGCAGCACCGGUCUGCCCAAGUUCAACGUUCUGAAGGGUAUCGCUGCUCCCCUGGACCGCUCAAACGUCGACACCGACGCCAUCAUCCCCAAGCAGUUCCUCAAGACCAUCAAGCGUACCGGUCUCGGAUCUGCUGCUUUCUACGAGCUCCGUUACCACCCUGAUGGCCAGGAGAACCCUGAUUUCAUUCUGAACCAGGGCAUCUACCGGAACUCCAAGAUCCUGGUUGUCACUGGCCCUAACUUCGGUUGCGGUAGUUCGCGUGAGCACGCCCCCUGGGCUCUGCUUGACUUCGGUAUCAAGUCCAUCAUCGCCCCGUCUUUCGCCGAUAUCUUCUUCAACAACACUUUCAAGAACGGCAUGCUUCCCAUUGUUGUCUCCGACGAGGUUGCUCUGGCCAAGAUCGCUGACGAAGCCCGCGCUGGCCGCGAGGUCGAGGUUGAUCUUGUGAACCAAGAGAUCAAGGAUGCUGAGGGUAACAAGAUCGUCGGCUUUGAUGUCGAUGGCUUCCGCAAGCACUGCCUCAUAAACGGUCUUGAUGACAUUGGUCUGACUCUCCAGAUGGAGUCUAAGAUCAAGACCUUCGAGUCCAAGCGCAGCCUUGAGACUCCCUGGUUGGACGGCAGCGGCUACCUACGCCGCGGCAACCGUGGCGCUACUAAGAUCGAGGCCGCCCCGGUCCCCAAGACCAACCGUGGGGAUGUGAAGAACGAGCCGCUUGAGUGGUAA